AAGUUGCCAAUUUACAGUUUAAAAUACAAAUAUUACACGAAUUGUGAAGUAGUAAUCACAUAUUACUGUAACUUUUUAUUUAAAUAAUGUUCGGGUGUGGUACGUACCACUUUAACCACCAAAUGUCCUGCGUAUUCAGUCAGCUAGUGGGUAACUGAACUGUGAGGAGAUCUGAAAGACGGGGUGCAUCUAAUCCGUUGACACAGGAUAUAUUUAUUUGCCUUUCUAACCAGUGGGUUAUAAUUAAAUCACAGCCGCGGACUCUAGGGGCGCUGUUACGAAAUAUUGCUGUGAUAUUAGCACGCUAGUUUGCAAACGCUGCCUCAAGUAUUUCACUGACGAAUUUACCUAGCUAGUUAGCUACAGUCAGAGCCAACCAUAGGUUAGACGAUGAGAAAAGUAUAGUGUAACGUCUAAAGUUUGAUUUGUGGUUGACGCAUCCGCGAGAUUUAUUUAUGUCAUGCGAGGUAACUAGCUAGCUACAGUAGUGAGGCUUGCCCUGUAGCUUAGCAAAUCAAAAAGGCUUCUCAAUUUGGCUAAAAUAGGCAAGUUUAAAUUAGUCUAGCUAUCACUUGCCAGACUCACAUUUUAAACGUUGACAGCAUUAGAGAUACCUUGUUGACCCAUUAAUUUAGCCACGCUGGCAUAGAGCAAGAGCUGUCAAUAAUUUAUCCUGGUCACCCUGGCGUUUCCUAGUUUAAGUGGUGUUUAUCUUCCAAAGCAAGAAAAUGAAUUUGUGCACACAGUCUUGGACGAACUGGAAAAUUGCAUACAGAGAGAUAACCAGAAAAGUGUGGUACUCUUCCCUGCUCUACCAAACAGACUGCGCUACCUGAUCCACAAAACCACUGAGAACUACCCCAGUUUGGCAACUUUCUCAGUGGGCGAAGGCUGGUGCAGGAGGGUUGUGGUUUGCUUCCAACAGCUUGGGGUUGACCUGGAGGAGUACAGUGACAGUGAAAGCAACAGUAGUUUGUAUGAGGAGCCUUACAGGCGGGGAGUAGGGGCGGAUAGCAAGCUUUCAAUGCAGCCCAGACCUACCCGUACCUCCUCUAGGAACCAAGGGGCCAAGCGCCCAGACAAGGCCAUCUACGUCCCUCGCGCGGCCAGGGAGAGACUUCCGCUUUCUCCUCCAGAUUCACCUUUGACGACAAUAGACGUGGGUUUGCCCAACCUUGGUCCUUCAGGUAGCACCCAAUCUGUCACCAGUGCCUCUUCCCUAUGUGCCAGCUCUGAAACCACAGAAGGAACAUUAUCAUGUGCUCCCAACCAGAACACUGCAACUGACAGCUUUGCAGAAUCUACAGCAAGCAAUUCUGAUCAGCUUUUGGGUGAGCAGAAGAAUAUGUUUGUGCAGCUGAAUGGUGCCAACUCCAGUCCUUGGCCCCCUGCUUUGGACCAUGUAGUGUCCUACUUCAUGGCUGUGACCCUGGAGGACUCGGAAGAGGAGAUGCAUGGGCAGGAGAACCCGAUAGAUGACAGACAGGAGCUGAACAUCUCAGAAAUACCAGCAAAAACCACAGAGGAUGCUAGCAGCUUUUUUGAAGAGAUCAUGGUACACUUGAAAGAUACCAACGUAUCAAUUGAGCAUGCCCACAAUGACUACUCCUGCUAUGAAGCUCUUUGGAUUAACCAAGAGGACUUUUCCCAUGUGAUUGAGAUCUACGACUUUCCUCCCAUGUUCAAAACAGAAGACCUUCAAGAUGCCUUCACAGAAUACAGCACUGGUGGUAUGAAGAUUAAGUGGGUGGACGACACUCAUGCUCUUGGUGUGUUCUCAAGCCAAUCUGCAGCAUCCCAUGCUCUGUCUCUGCGUCACCCACUUCUGAAGACACGCACGCUGUCUGAAGGGAGCAGAAAGUCCAAAUGCAAAGCUGUGAGACGAGCAGAGUUUAUUCAGCCAGUGAAAGAGCGACCCCGCACUGACUCUGCUGUGGCUCGGAGGAUGGUGACCAGGGCUCUGGGACUGCAGAAAACUGAAGCACGGGUACAGCGUUACUAGGGAAAGCAACCCAAGCAUCAAAAGUCCACCUGUCAUAACUGCAAAUCCUCAAGAGACGUUCAACAUUCAUGAUCAGUUCAUUCAUCCAUAAAUGUUCCAAGAUCAUUAGACUGCUGCGCUUCAGACUGUUUCCAAGUUUUUAAGUGUUUCAACGGUUAAUUUGUCUGUAGCUUUGUAGAAAUGGAAACUGAGUUUCUGUAAUAAGUUAAAAGUAUGUUUUUACUUUCCACAAUGCCUGUUUUGAAGUUGUAAUUUAAUACUUUUGUCAACUGCUCCAUCCGUUAAUAUUGAAUAUAUCCAUUGGCUGUAUGUAUGUAAUGUACACAGACAUAACCAAUACACAGGACUUUUUAGCAAAGACAAAAACAUUUUAAAGACUCAUAACAAUUCCAUGAAGUGGCUAUAGUUGUAUGGUGAAUUCAAAUUAUUUUUAAUGACUGUUUUAAGCAGUGCGGGCUUAAAAAGAAAUCAGCAGACUGCAUCUAGGUAUUCCCCAGUUUAUUGAAUUGCUAGUUGUAUUAAUACUAUACAGUAAUAAAUCUUUACCUUCCUUGUCUUCUUGAAAAAAAUCUUUAUAAAAAACAUCUACCAUUGGUAUAAUUUUGUUUACGAGGGAGAAGUAAUAAAGAUGUUGAGUAACUAACUCCUUUUACUUAUUUUUUGGAACAAAAACCCAAAGCAUAGCAUAAUUGUUUAAAGGAAAUAUUUGUGAAUAUAUACAGUUGAUUUGAAAAGUAUUAUAUUAAUCCUAAAGGAUUUAGUUGGAUAAUCCAAUCCAACUAAACCAACUGCUAAUGGCGGUUGGUUUGAAGCCACAUUUUAACAUUGGUUUUCAAAAUAUGCUAAAUAUGUACGCAUGUUUGUUUUUAAGUUAUGUAGGGCACACAUAAGCAUAUGUAAUUGAUAAUCACAGUCAUCACAACCACAGCUAUCAGUUUGAGUCUUGUCAUCAACUGUUCAUUACACGUUGGUGCCCAAAUGGGAACAUUGAUGUGCUUUAUUUCGCUAAGACAUUAGGAAAGUCGCAUUUUUGGAUGUAAGGCUAAUCUGUCAAGAAUGAUGGGGAGGUACACCUACGGUACUGACCUCCCUUAAGAGUGUGCCCAAACCAGAACCAGGUGCAGGGGAUUUGGGUUCUAAAUCCCCUCACAAUCUCUGAUACAUGCAGUACAAGACACUGAGUUUCAAAAUAUUUGUACGGGUGGACAGGAUGUUCUGUCAAACUAGUUAGCUUUUCACAUCAGGUUUAGAGUUUACAAAUUUUAACUUUUACCUGAAUGUUUACCUAUUUGCCUGGGUAAAAAAAUACAACAAACAAUUAAAUGUCAGACCAUAA